UCCUUCCGCCUUUUGGUAUCCUGCUCAGUUUGGUGGCGUAGUGGACGGUUUGGUUCUCCUCUCCUGAAGACACCCCGUUUGAAUCUCUUCAAAAUGGCAAGCAAGAAAAAGGGAGGAGCAAAAACGAAGAAGCGUGCCCAGCGCGCCACUUCAAACGUCUUCGCUAUGUUCGACCAGGCUCAGAUCCAGGAAUUCAAGGAGGCGUUCACUCUGAUCGACCAAAACAGGGAUGGCUUCAUCGACAAAGAAGAUCUGCACGACAUGUUGGCGUCCAUGGGUAAGAACCCAAUGGAAAAGGAACUGGAUGAGAUGGUUGCCGACGCUCCUGGCCCGAUCAACUUCACCAUGUUCCUCACCCUCUUCGGUGAAAAACUUAAUGGGACGGAUCCAGAAGAAACAAUCCUGAACGCGUUCAAGCUGUUCGACGAGGAAGGAAAGGGGAAAAUACACGAAGACUACCUGAAAGAAUUGAUGAUGACGAUGGGCGACCGCUUUACCAAGGACGAGGUCGAGCUGAUGUACAAGGGCGCCCCCAUCGACGACGAAGGCUGGCUGGACUACGCGGGCUUCGUGCGUAUCAUCAAGCACGGCACCAAAGACGAGGAGCUGGUAAAGACCAGUGGUUAAUGAGCUCCUGGAUGUUCCAGUUAUAGCAAUACCAUUAAUUUGUAUGGAUUGAUGUCAAUUAACGCGCACUUCAUGCUGCCCUCAGUGUUUCCAACAAAAUGGCGGACUGAAUAUUCGGCUUUCACCCUGAGAUUUGCCGAGACGUGCAUCCUUUUCAAUGUUCCAAGUUGAUUGCUGGGAGCAUCUGUUCUGUUAUCAGCAUUUCAUACGCUUUUCAUUUUCAUAGCUUUCCAUAUUCCUAAAUGGUAAAUGAAUCUAGAUGGAUUGUUCAAAGCUUUAUUGUACACCAUGGGAAUAGUUUUUAGUUGUAAAAAUCCUAUCCCAAUGAAAGUCACGGUCGUACCGACAGUGAGUUUGAACUAACGUACCGCAUUUUUUUCGCCCAUGGUCUGUGAAAGAUGUGUUCCAAAACGUGUAGUAUUUCUAUUAUUUGUAAAAUCCAUGAGCUUCCCAGCGAGACAUUGCGCUGUUUCAAUCCUCAAGGAAAUUGAUCUCAGACAAAAAUUACCCAUUCGUCGUCCUUUCAUGAUGUCGAUUCUUACUAUCGAAUAUGACAGAUUAUUACGAUGCAUUUCACUUAUUUAUUUAAAGUUUUGUGUAAAAUCUAACCUCGUAGAAUUUAGAUUAGAACGUGUAUCGGUACAAAUGAAUUAAAGGAUGUGGUUUAUGUUUCGAAAUAAAGCUGCCGGAGAAGGAGAUUACAACCAGUCUGGUUAAGUUGACAAAGUUUUCGGGAAGAAAAUUAAGUCACCGAAAUAGUUCUUUCCCAACCAAAUGGCCAUGUGCUUGUCGUCGUAUGUGAAGUAGCACUACUAUCCAACUAGGAAAAGUCAAGCUCUCACGUGGGACUCAUCGUACCACGUAGGGCAGAUUGAAAUCGUCACAUUUUCACUGUGUGCCAGAAAAUGUGCAGCCACGUGAUCAAACGAGCUGUCACACACGGACGUGAAUGGCUGUUGUGUGGAAUGAAAUGUGAUUUUUUAUUUGUGUAUAUAUAUAUUAAUGUUUUGAACUCAGUCAUGCGAAACACAUUACUACUGCAUUAAAACAGAGGUGUUCGAUUGUCUCACCUAC